AGCUAUAAGAAGGUUGCUCACCUUGUCGCUCGAGGCUAAUAACCAUUCUAACGUCCAACUGACCGAGACCCUGAUUCGUUAUAAACACUGUUAUUCGCAAAUUCAUCGCUCAUCGCAAAUAUGGUCAAAGUUCUUCUUACGGGAGGUAGCGGCUUCAUCGCUGCUCACAUUGUCGAUUACCUAUUGCAGCGGGGCUUCGACACCGUGGUAACUGUGAGAUCGGAGGAAAAGGGCCAAAAGAUCCUUGAAGCGCACCCCGAGGCUCCCAAGGAAAAGCUGUCCUAUGUCAUCGUCAAAGAUGUUGCGGCAGAUGGAGCAUUCGACGAAGCCGUAAAAUCAAACCCUCCCUUUGACUAUGUCCUUCAUACCGCAUCCCCCUUCCACUACAACGUCCAGGAUCCCGUGAAGGACUUCCUAGACCCCGCCAUCAAGGGUACCACUGGUAUCUUGAAGGCUGUCAAGGCCUACGCACCCACAGUGAAAAGAGUCGUCAUCACAUCUUCCUUUGCAGCUAUUACCAACGUCAAGAGCCACGCGAAGGUGUACAGCGAGAAGGUUUGGAACCCGGUGACCUGGGAAGAGGCUCUGGACCCUGCGCAAACAUACCGAGCCAGCAAGACCUUUGCAGAAAAGGCCGCCUGGGACUUUGUCGAGAAUGAGAAGCCAAACUUCGAUAUUGCAACGAUCAACCCUCCUCUAGUAUUGGGACCCGUUGUCCAUUACCUGAACUCACUGGACGCCAUCAACACCUCGAACUCGCGGAUCAGCAACCUGAUCCGCGGCAACGACAGGGACAAACUACCCCCAACAGGCACAUUCCUCUGGGUGGAUGUCCACGACGUUGCGUUGGCUCAUGUGAGAGCCAUUGAGGUUCCGGAAGCAGGGGGUCAGCGAUUCUUCCUGACUGCCGGCUUGUAUUCCAACAAGCAGGUUGUGGAUAUCAUCCGAGAAUCACACCCCGAAUUGGAGGACAAACUCCCGCCAAAGGAUUCUGCCGACGAUACGCCGGCCGAUGUUUACGGAUAUGACAAUACGAGAUCUAUCGAGGUCUUGGGGAUCAAGUACCGGUCGUUGAAGCAGUCUGUCGAGGAGACUGUUGACUCGCUUCUGGCGGUGGGUGCUUAAUGAAUUGAAAUAGAUACCUAGAUAGUUAGUACAUAAGAGCUCGCAGUUCAAUGUGAAUGAAUAUAUGCAAAUUGAGAUGAAAUAGGUUGAGGGAGCCCGAAACAUCCUCGAUAAUCAAUUAGAAAGAAAAGAAACACAAGCAAGAAGACUAAGGGUAUACUCAGUAGACAACGCUG